AGUGCAGGGAAGGUGAAGGGUUAAUUUGUGGCCGGGGAAACCUGAUACUAAUUAAGUCUUAGGAAUGCCACAUACUGACAUUGUAGUGCAGAAGCCCUCAGAGUGGGUGAGAGAGCCAGCAGUGAUGCGUGUGUCUAAUGUUUUUAUUCCUUACUGACAGAAAGCCAGUCUCACACAACCCUGGAGCUCAAGGGAAAAAGAGAGAUAUAGCUGAUGCAAAAUGGUUUUAGUAACACCAGUGCUGUUGCUGUCUUGGGUAUCACUGCAAGCUGUCGCAGAGAUUUGUCGGGGGACUCACUGCUACGGCGCGGAAACCGGAGAUCCAAGACCGUGCACCGGAGCGCACUGUCCGGGGAGCAGAUCCUCCAGACCGCCGCGGCACUUUAACCCGACAACGCAGGGGCGAGCGGCGCAGAUAGUUGCCAGCCAACACCAUGCGUACCCGAGCUCUCCAAGAGCAGCAUCGGAAGCCUAUCCGGCUGCCCAGCCACUUCGCGGGCGGCACGCUGACAACAGCGGUGGCGCACGGAUAAGAGCGCCUGAAGUUUUACUUGCAGGGUGCACCGAUACGGACUGCGCCGCUCUUGUGAAACAAUUUCAGCCCACUAAUGACACCCGAGACUGCAGAGGGAUCGAGUGCAGACUGCCACUGAGGAUACGGCCAAAAGCGCGAACAAAGUCUUGUGUGGGAGAGGGAUGUCUGGCCGGUUCAGAGGAGAGCUUCUCCUCUGCCGCCGCCAGCCAGCUUCUUCCUGUCCAUCUGUCCGACAGAGCCGCACAGUUUCUGGGAGAUUUUCCGGAGCUUGGAUAUCCGUCGCCGGAACUUGGCAGCGCGCCUUUGGGUGUCCAGCUCACAUGUGACAUCAAGCCAGGGGAGAAUGAAGUUCCCUCAGAAGAUGCCCUCAUCUUGCACCUCCAGCUGGCCAAGGGGCAGGAGAAGCUGGUGGAGGCCCUGCGAGCCCAGCAGGUGAUCAUUCGUGACCUGCAGCAGAAGCUCGCUGACCAACAGGAGGCGCUACUUUCCCAGCAGAGGGAGAUCCUGGAACAGCAGCGGCGCAUGUAUGAGCAGAUGGAUGUGGUGAAGGCCCAAUACGGCCUCCUCUCAGACACCGUCAAACAGGUUUCCUUCCAGGGCCUGCAGGGUGAGCUGCAGAGCUACUUUGAGAACCACCUGGCGGGUCUGCAGAGCCAGGCCCGCAGCCACCUGCAGAAGUCCUAUGCUGUCCACAAAAUGGACAUGGGCUCAAAGGUGAUGGAUGUAGUCGGAGAGGCUCAUUUUCCUCAACCUCUGCUGGGAUGCCCUUCCCCCUGUGGGCAGGAGGAGUUCUGUGAUUUUCAGAGGGACCCACCUCAGUGUGAGAAGUGCACCAUGUGUCCACCGGGCUUCUUUCUGAUCUCACAGUGUUCUCUUACUGCAGACAGGAUGUGCCAGGACAGAGAUGAAUGCCUUGAAUUACCAAACAUUUGUGGAGAGCGAGUGAAAUGCCUUAAUACUCCAGGGGGGUUCAGGUGUCUGGGAGUUUCUGAGAGAGAAGCAGUGAUGGGCUUUUGUGGUCACGACUACUUCUACAACCAGGAGCUGCAGGAGUGUCAGGCUUGUUCUGACUGUGAUGGAGAGCCUGUCGCUGUUUCCUGCACAGCUAUCAGUGACUCUGUCUGCGGCCAGCCUUCAGAGAGCCGACUCUCGCAGUCUUGGGGGGCCAAAGUGGCAGUUCCCCCUGCCCGCACCUCUGGCACACACAUCUUCCCCGGGCUUCAACUAAACAUCCGAGGCAAAGAAAGCACUGAGCUAUUGUCCAACGAGGCAGGGCAGGUGAUGUUCCUGCAGCAUGGCCUUGUGUGGUUGGAUCAUAAUUUUGCGAUUAAGCACAGCUGCAGGAACUUCCUUCAAGUGGGAAUGAGGCUGAAUGGGAGCCAGGAAGAGGAGGGUCAGGACCUCAGUAGUGUUCGCAUCGAACAGCCGGAUGGGAAGUACUUCCAGGGUGUCAGCGUCAGCAGUGGAGUCGAAGUGGAGCCUAACCACACCUUAACUCUGCUGCUGAAGAGUCCGAAUCAACACUGCAACCAGAGCAAGGAUCUUCAUGUCUAUGACAUCACCACUCCAGCCUUCAGCCUGCUCUGGUUGUCGCAUGAUACCGGUGCUGUAGCUAUGACGGCUCAGAUGUCCUUGUUGGCGCACUACCAGACCAGCUACCGCCCAACUUUUCGCAUGACCUCAGUGUCCGACCCGUAUAUGAUCAUUCUAACCCAUGACAACCGCGGUGUGCGCUUCACAGAAAGUGGUGUUGUGAAGUUCGUCCUCCAACAGGCUCUUUACUCUAUGGGGCACACCUGCAUUCGAGAGGGUUUCUCACUGAUUGCCUACACUAACCACAAUGGGACUGGCCAGGAGGCGAUGCAAGCCUUCAAGACGGGGGUCAACUACAGAGACACCUCCAUCACCCUUUCUGGCACUGUGAGCGUGGACAGUGGAGACACACUUAGCUUUGAGAUCACAUCUCCGUCCCAGUGCAACAUCCGCUACUUUGGGGACAGCACUGGGAUCAGUAUGCUGAGCCUUAUCUGGAUUCCUUCAACAGUGUCGUCAACUCUGACUGCUACUGUGUCCAGGACUGGUCUGCCCUUUGGUGCAGUCAGGAAUAAACCGCUGUUAUUCCAGCAGAUCAGCCCGGACACGACGCAGGUUCAUUUGGCCCGCUCAGGGGAGCCAAGCAGCCGGAAGAACUUUAUAUUCCACGAGAAAGGGACAGCAAACAUAGCCCUUAACCUGAAGCUGAUACACUCUUGCAAUAUUGUAAAACUCACUUUGCAGCGGGUGGGGGGUCAGGGCGGGCAGGCAGGUCCUGUAGCUCAGCAGGUGUCUGGAUAUAUGCCUGAAGGGAGUGAGUGGGCCAGUAUUGGGCUGAGGGCCUCAUUUCAGGUCCAGAAUGGUACAGCUGUCUAUGUUACUCUGGACUGUAUCCGCGGACGCGUUAACCAGAUAACACAUGAGGGCGGCACUAACAUUUCAAUCCUCUGGGUUGCAGUGUGACCCAAGAAGGGAUGAAGCCUUUGACAUUAAUACACUUUGUGAAAAAAAGACGAUAUUGAAUUGCACGAUAUUGAAUUGCAGAGCCGAUUCAACAAUUUACCAAAUUAAGGAAGAAUACUGGUUGAUGAAAAACUUUAUUCCUCUAUUACACAUAUUUUGUCAUAUUAUUGUUUUAAAUGCAUCACCUGUUUAGACUUUUAUUGUGAAAUCUCUUUUGGGUAUGAUUUACAAACUGUAAGUACUGUUUUUGCUUGAAGUACUUCGGCUGGUUGAGCAGUGACCAAUUCUUUGUGUGUGUGUGUGUGUGUGUGUGUGUGUGUGUGUGUGUGUGUGUGUACAGUAUGUGUGAGUGUGUGCACAUACAUGUGCAGUGGUGCUUAUAUAUAUAUAUAUAUGUAUGUAUGUAUGUGUGUGUGUGUGUGUGUGUGUGUGUACACAGUACACACAUUGGCAUGCAUUUUGCAUACGUGUGUGAGUCAUAAAUAUGUAUAUCCUUUCAUUCCUGCACAUAUUUUACUUGCGUACUGUAUAUAACAAACCUUUCUGUAUUAUAUCGUUAGGCAUUUACAACAAUGGUUUGACAUAUUUGGUGAUAAGCUUAUUUGCAAUUGAUAUCACUUUUUGCAGCCGGUUCGCUUAGCUUAGCACAAAGACUGGAAAUGGGGAAACAGCUAGCCUGGCUCUGUCCAAAGGUAACAAAAUCCACCUACCAGCACCUCUAAAGCUCACUAAUUAACACGUUAUAUCUCAUUUGUUUAAUCCAUACAAAAACUGCAGUGUAACGGGGGGGGGGGGGGGUAUUUCUUGGCCAAGACCAGUUACUUCCUGGAGUUUUGGCAAACGCUCAGAGCCAAGAAAUAACAGCUCCUGAAAUGGUGAAUUGUUUAAACAAAGAGGUACAAAAAAUGAGGUGCAAUGCAGAUUUUGUUACCUUUGGACAGAACCAGGCUAGCUAUUUCUCCCAGUUUCCAGUCUUUGUGCAAAGCUAAGCUAACAGGCAGCAAUCUUCUCAUCUAAUCCUAUGCCAUAAAGUGAAUGCAUGCAUUUUCAAAAAUGUCAAACCAUUUCUUUAAUGCUCUGAAGAGUUUGUCAUGAAAGAGCUAUACACAAAUGCUAUGUAGUAAACUUUCAAUAAGCAGGAGUUGGUAUUUGAUUAUGUUUUUGAUGAUAUUUAUUUUCCUUUUAUAAAACAAGACUUUUGCAUUUACACUAUAGAAUGAAUAGUUUGUCAGACAUGAGAAAAAUAUAAAAAUAUGUCAAGUACAUGGUAAAGCACUGUAGGCAGUGUUGAUAUUCAAAUAUAUGCAGUGAUAGCCUCUAUCAUACGUUUAUUUGCACACAUAUAGUUUAACAUAAUAUUAUGGAAUGUGCAAAGAUCAUACUUUCUUAUUCUUUUGCCUAAAUGCUGUUUCCCUGUGAAGAGUUGCCCAUGCAUAUCCUUCCUAAUUGCCUCUGUGUGUGUUCUGUCCUCUAAACAAUUAGGCAUAAUUAAGUGUUUCAGGGACUUGGCAGCAAAGCUGCCACUGAAAUUCUUCAGCUUUAUUCUCAGUUCAUUAUGUUUAGUGAUUUUCUUUUCUGGUUGGGCUCCCUGCACAUGUCUUGUGGAACGUCAAUGCAUGCAUACUUGUUCAACAACACCAAAUAAAAUGUACAUAUAUUUUGCCAGAAAAGAUA